AUGUCUAUACUCCACACAAAGAGCUCACAAGUUCCCUAUCCUGAAGACGUGUUGUUCAGAAGAAAUCAAAAGAAUGAUCCUGAAGCAUUCUUGAAUAAUAAUGAACUCAUUACAUACAAAGGGUACCCCAGCAAAGACUACAAAGUAACCAUCUUCAGUCAUUAUCUCAUUACUAUUAACAGAGUCUCCUGUGGUACAUUUGCAAAACCUGCUGUAUUUCUCCAACAUAGACUACUGGGAGAUGCCUAUAAGUGGGUCACAAACCUGCCCAACAACAACUUAACCUUCAUGCUAGCUGAUGCUGGCUAUGAUGUUUGGAUGGGAAACAGUAGAGGGAAUCACUGGUCCAGAACAUUGAAAUUAUUCCAAGAUGAGUUCUGGGCUUUCAGUUUUGAUGAGAUGGCCAGGUUUUAUCUUCCAGCAGCAAACAUCGUGAAUAAGACUGGACAGGAAAAGCUAUACUAUAUUGGUUAUUCACGAGGCACCACCAUUACUUUCAUUGCUUUUUCAGCAGUGCCAGAACUGGCACAGAACAUCAAACUCUUUUUUGCUUUGGCACCUGUCACUGCUAUUAAGUAUGCCAGAAGCCCAGCAACAAAACUCCUUUAUCUUCCUGAAAAACUGCUCUGGGGUUUGCUUGGCAAAAGAGAAUUCUUUACCCAGACUGAAUGUCUAAGGAGGCUGAUAGUCCCUUUCUGCAGCCACCAUGUUUUUGCCAAGCUUUGUAGAAAUGUCUUCUUCAGUGUGGGAGGCUAUCACAUGAAUAACAUUGACAUGAUAUACUAUGUGUGUCUUCUGGGGCUGACCAGUACUCCAAAAGGAGUAUGUGAGAUGAGGAUGAGGACCAAGACAGAGGUUUAUCCAGACAUCCUCUGUCUUGUUCUGGGCUCCUGCCCUACAUUUUCCUAG